AGACCCACACACACCAUUCACCGCGAGGGAGAGAACAGAAGAGGCAGAGUGCGGAGAAGAAGGCUAGGGUUUAAGGUGCUCGGCGAUGGCGUCGGCGGCCAAGUCCCUGGUGGCGCGGGCGGGAUCGUCCCUCCUCGGCCGCCUCCUCGCGUCCCCAUCACAGCCCCUCCUCCGCGCCGGGCUGCCGCCGCUCGCUAGGCUGCAGCCGCACGUCCCGCCUCCGCCGGCGGCGGCGGUGGAUGCCUACGAGGCGGAGGCGGUCGCGAGGCUGACCUCGGUCCCCUGCGAGAUCUCGUUCCCCUGCGGCCUCCCCUCGCUCCGAUUCUUCAUCGACGACGUUGAGAAUCCUGCUGCUAAUGAACCCCUUCUGCUAAUAAAGAGAACUUACCAGCCCAGUACCAUCAAGCGGAAAAGAACCCAUGGUUUUCUUACACGUAAGUCGACCAAGGGUGGGCGCAAGGUGAUCGCACGGAGAAUCGCCAAAGGCAGGCACAGACUUUCCGUGUAGCGAGGCCUGUGGGUGCAGCGGGGCAAGGCACGGAGAAUUGUGUCAGCUAUUGGCAGGAGAAUGGAGCUUCUUAGAGCCCUAAAGGCAAUCUCCUCUCUAUGCUUUCAAACUUCACACCUAUUCACUCGAUGAUAGUUCGCACUUUUCAGCAGUCUUUCAAAGUCUGAUAUCAUAUUAUCUGUAUUUGGUUGUCAUGACUGUACCUUUAUGCGUGGAGGGGAGCUCUUUGACAAUUAAAAUAAUAUGUUUGUUCCCCUCUUCAGACUAAGCGUGCUAUAUGAUUUCUAGAGGAAUUCCUCAUUUUUGCAGAACCUUUCAGAUGACAUGGAGGGUAAGGUGCUAUGCUGUAACUUACCACCACGAGAUCUAUUUUUUUUUUCCAUGAAAGACUUUUGCAGAUAACGUCGAAACAGUUUCUUUGUAUUGC